AGAAAUCUGCCAAUGGAUUACACCAGGACCAUCUCAAUUUUACUUCUCUUUCUCCUCUCACUUUCACUUGUUUUACCUCGACAAUUCAGCCACCCUGUCAAAAAUAUAAAUAUCGAUAGAGCAGCGUUACUGGCGUUUAAGAAGGGUAUAGUCAGUGAUCCUCAACAAGCUCUUCAUAAUUGGAAUGAAGCUAAUCAUGUUUGUGAUUGGAAUGGUGUUACCUGCAACAACCACACAACAAGAGUAACAUGCCUUUACUUAAAUGAUACUUCUCUGGUAGGACAAAUCUCUCCAUUUCUGUCGAAUAUUUCAUUCCUUGAAUGUCUUCAUUUAUCAAAUAACUAUUUUCACGGGUCCAUACCCAAAGAUCUAGGAGCCUUAUCUAAGUUAAUGGUACUUAACCUUGAAGAAAAUAAGAUACAAGGUGCCAUCCCUGACAGCUUUGGCAAGCUAAAAGACCUUUAUUUCAUUAACCUUCGUGAUAACCAGCUUAAAGGAAAACUUCCUCAACAACUCUUGUACAAUUGCACAAAAUUAGAAAUAAUUGACUUUGGUGAUAACUUCCUCAAUGGACCAAUUCCCCCACUGCUUGGAAACUAUCUUCUUAACUUAACUGUCCUUCUUCUCUAUGGCAAUAAAUUCACAAGCCACAUUCCUGCUUCUCUAUCCAACUCAACUCGCAUGGAAGUUAUUGAUCUUGCAGGUAAUCUCCUAACUGACACAUUACCAUCGCAUAUCCUGAUUCAUAUGCCAAAUUUGACAGAAUUGCAUCUUUCCAACAACAAUCUCUCAAGCGAUGAAAACAAUACAAACCUCACUUCUUUCUUUAGCUCUAUCUCAAAUUUGACUCAUUUAAAGAUAAUUGAGUUAGCGGGAAAUAAUCUUGGAGGUGAAUUGCCAUUUGUGAUAGGCCAACUUCCAUGUAACCUUUCAAAAAUUCUUCUUGAAGACAAUCAAAUCCACGGAGUGAUACCAUCAAGCAUAUCAAAACUUAGAAAUCUACUAGACCUGAGCCUAUCUAAUAAUUUUUUGAAUGGUACUAUUCCAUUGGAAUUAUUUCUUAUGCCCCACUUACAAAGACUCUGGCUAUCUAACAAUUCACUCCAUGGCAAAAUUCCAUCCCUUCCUGUUGUCUCAACAAACCUUGGACUCUUAGACCUAUCAUACAACAAUCUUUCUUGUACUAUCCCAACAUCUUUAGCCAAUCUGAAUGCAUUGAGGAUUCUCAAUCUUCGCAAAAACUCUCUCUCAGGGCACAUACCAUCCAGUCUUGGAAGUAUUAACCUUGAGCAAUUGGAUUUGUCACAAAACCAACUUACGGGAGUUUUACCCGUUGAGGUUGCACGUUUGAGCUCCAUGGGAACAUGCAAUCUAUCAUACAAUUUAUUGGAAGGAGAAGUUCCAAUGGAGAUGAGCAAGAUGGACAAGGUUCAGAACAUUGACCUGUCAUCAAAUAACUUCAGUGGCACCAUCCCGGUGAGUUUAAGAAACUGUAAGGAACUUGAAGUGUUGAACUUAUCUCACAAUUAUCUUCAAGGGGCAGUUCCGUCUUCCUUUGAUAGUCUCCCAGACCUCCAAUCCGUGGACCUCUCUCACAAUUUCCUUAUCGGCAAAAUCCCAGAUUCCCUUUGUCAAUGCACUAGUCUCAAACUAUUGAACCUCUCAUUCAACAACUUGAGUGGACAAAUUCCAGAAGGCGGCAUCUUCAACUCUUUGACAUAUGAUUCAAUCAAGGGAAAUCAUCUCUGUGGGUCAUUAUCAGGACUUCCUGCAUGCCUACAUAAACAAAAAACACAUAAAGUCUCCUUACUGAUAUUAGGCACCAUCUUGCUAUCAUCAGUCCUUCUAGGAAUUUUUUAUCUGGUAUGUUCCAUCAGCAUCAAAGAUCAGGUAUUUAAAAGAAAUCAUAGAAACUCAUGUCCAACUUCAUUGGGCUUUGUGAAGAGCUACCGAAGAAUAUUGUACAGAGAACUUUUGGAAGCUACUGAAGGAUUCAAUCAUAACAAGCUAAUUGGCUCUGGCAGAUUUGGACAUGUAUACAAAGGGUUGCUGAAUGAUGGCAGCAUAGUUGCAAUCAAAGUUCUGCAAUUGCUAAAUAGUGAUUUCACCAAGACUUUCAACAGAGAAUGCCAAAUUAUGAAGUUGAUUCGUCACAGGAACCUGAUCAGGAUUGUAACAACUUGCAGUCUUCCAGACUUCAAGGCUCUUGUUCUACCAUUUAUGGCCAAUGGAAAUCUUGAGAGCCAUCUAUAUCCUCAGGGACAAAAUCCUAGUUUCACAUACUUGAGCUUACUGGAAAGGGUGAAUAUUUGUUGCAAUGUAGCUGAGGCAGUGGCUUACUUGCACCAUCAUGCUCCAGUUCAGGUGAUUCAUUGUGACUUGAAACCAAGCAACAUUCUCCUCAAUGAUGACAUGAUGGCGCUGGUAUCAGACUUUGGCAUUGCUAAACUGACGACAACAAUUGCAGAGAAAACAAUGGCAUCCGAAAACCAUAUCAACACUGAGCUAAUUAGCGGGACAAUUGGAUACAUGGCUCCAGAGUAUGCAUAUGGUAGACGAGCAUCAACGGAGAGUGAUGUUUAUAGCUUUGGAAUUCUUGUGCUGGAAAUUUUUACAAGAAAGAAGCCAACAGAUGACAUGUUCAUUGAGCCUCUAGACUUGCAGAAAUGGGUGAAGAACAGUUACCAUGGGCAAUUGAGAGAGGUUAUCGAUCCCUCUCUUAUGCAUGACUUAGAAAGCCAUAUGGAAAUUAAAAAGAUAUGGGAGACUAUGAUCGUGCAACUACUUGAUUUAGGCCUUCUUUGCGCUCAGGAAGACCCAUCUAAAAGGCCCACUAUGAUUGAAGUUGUCGAUGAUUUGGAGGAAGUAAAAUACUAUGUCAAUAGUGAUGCAAGUUUGCCUUUCUCUUCAUCAAACAGAAUAUCAUCAUCCAGUCUUACCAAGGAGAUGAAUUAGUAGAUACUCCUCCUAGUGUAUGGAUCACUAGGAGAACUUCAAGUAAUGUAAAAUGAUAUAUUGUUUUCUAAAAUAAUGAAAGACAUAAAUAUUCUGAUCCAUAGAAAUUCAAUUAUGAUGGA